CUGGCUCCCUCAGUCUAUGUGAAGCUGAGGCUUCCCCUGGAUCCGUUACAUCUCCAUCACAUACCUCCACGCACACACCUCCCUGAGAGCCCCGCGUUCACACUCACAAACACGCGCACACACUCGCGCCGGCCUGUCCAUCUCCCUCGGGGAGGAGGGGGGAGCCGGCGCGCGGUCCCACCUUCGUCGCGCACACUGGCUAGGCGAGCUCGCAGCGCUCCACGACUCUGCGGCUCGGAACUCGGACCGCAGGGCUGAGCACCCCCACUGUGGUAUUUAAAAAAAAAAAAGAUAUUUCUUUGCCUUUUCCUCUUUGCUCCUCUUUCUCGAACGGUUUUCUACCGGAGUGGCUAGUGGAGCCGGCAGCCUUCCCAAGGCAGCCCUGGUUGGCUUGCCAUCCUCCAUCUGGCUUAUAAAAGUUUGCUGAGUGCAGUCCAGAGGUCUGCGCGGCUCGUCCCCUCGGCUGGCGGAAGGGGGUGACGCUGGGCAGCGGCUAAGGAGCGCGCCGCAGGCUCUGGCGGGCUUUCGGCUCGAGGGGCAAGGUGAAGAGCGCACUGGGAGCUGGGGGCUGCCGAGGUGGACUUGCAUGUUGCACCAUGCCUUCUUGGAUCCGGGCUGUGAUUCUUCCUCUCUCCGGGCUGCUGCUGACCCUCCCGGCCGCGGCGGACGUGAAGGCUCGGAGCUGCAGCGAGGUCCGUCAGGCUUACGGGGCCAAGGGAUUCAGCCUGGCGGACAUCCCCUACCAGGAGAUCGCAGGGGAACAUUUACGCAUCUGCCCUCAGGAAUACACGUGCUGCACCACAGAAAUGGAAGACAAGUUAAGCCAACAGAGUAAACUGGAGUUUGAAAAUCUUGUAGAAGAGACAAGCCAUUUUGUGCGGACCACGUUUGUGUCAAGACACAAGAAGUUUGAUGAGUUUUUCCGAGAGCUGCUGGAAAAUGCAGAGAAGUCCCUAAAUGACAUGUUUGUCCGGACCUAUGGGAUGCUGUAUAUGCAGAAUUCGGAGGUCUUCCAGGACCUCUUCACCGAGCUCAAGAGGUACUACACAGGGGGUAACGUCAACCUGGAGGAGAUGCUCAAUGACUUCUGGGCUCGGCUCCUGGAGCGGAUGUUCCAGCUGAUAAACCCCCAGUAUCACUUCAGCGAGGACUACCUGGAAUGCGUAAGCAAGUACACUGACCAGCUGAAGCCAUUCGGAGAUGUGCCGCGGAAACUGAAGAUUCAGGUCACCCGCGCCUUCAUUGCGGCUCGCACCUUCGUCCAGGGCCUGACAGUGGGCAGAGAAGUUGCCAACCGAGUUUCCAAGGUGAGCCCCACCCCUGGGUGCAUCCGGGCUCUCAUGAAGAUGUUGUACUGCCCAUACUGCCGAGGCUUACCCACUGUGAGACCUUGCAACAACUACUGCCUCAACGUCAUGAAGGGCUGCCUGGCCAACCAGGCAGAUUUGGACACCGAGUGGAAUCUCUUCAUAGAUGCAAUGCUCUUGGUGGCUGAGCGACUGGAAGGACCGUUCAACAUCGAGUCGGUCAUGGACCCCAUCGACGUCAAGAUCUCUGAAGCCAUUAUGAACAUGCAGGAAAACAGCAUGCAGGUGUCAGCAAAGGUCUUUCAAGGCUGUGGCCAGCCCAAACCUGCUCCUGCGCUCAGAUCGGCCCGCUCAGCUCCGGAAAAUUUCAACACCCGUUUUCGGCCCUACAACCCUGAGGAAAGACCCACAACGGCAGCAGGCACAAGCUUGGACCGGCUGGUCACAGACAUAAAAGAGAAACUGAAGCUCUCUAAAAAGGUCUGGUCUGCAUUGCCCUACACCAUCUGCAAGGAUGAGCGUGUGACAGCAGGAACCUCCAACGACGAGGAGUGCUGGAACGGACACAGCAAAGCCAGAUACUUGCCGGAGAUCAUGAAUGAUGGGCUGACCAACCAAAUCAACAAUCCUGAGGUGGAGGUGGACAUCACGCGGCCGGACACUUUCAUCAGGCAGCAGAUCAUGGCGCUCCGCGUGAUGACCAACAAACUGAAGAACGCGUACAACGGCAAUGACGUCAACUUCCAAGACACAAGCGAUGAAUCCAGUGGCUCAGGCAGCGGAAGUGGUUGCAUGGAUGAUGUGUGUCCCACGGAAUUCGAGUUUGUCACCACCGAGGCCCCUGCGGUGGACCCGGACCGCAGAGAAGAGGAAUCUUCGGCCUCAAAGCUCAGCUCCUCCCUGAUCUCCUGGUCUCUGGUCUGCAUGGUCCUGGCCCUGCAGAGACUCUACAGAUAAUCGUGGGCUUUGGUCAAACGAAACUGCGUUUUAGCUCUUCUGUGGCCAACACCCUUCCUUUCUUACACUCUUGGACAAUGGACCACGCCACAAAACUCGCCGUUUUCUAUGACUAGAGAGCAGUCUUGUAAUCUGCCGCCCCUUUUGUUUUUCCAAAGAGUACCGGGUACCAGAUGACCUGCUUUCCUUCACUAUCUGCGGCGACCUCGUUUAUUCCAGAGAGAAUUCUUACUCAAAUCUUUCGUACCAAGAGAUUUUUUUCUUAACCGUCAUUUGCUUUUAUGCUGCAAAAUUAAAGGAAUUUCAUGUUGUGAGGAUUUUUUGGUUUUUUUUUAAUUUUUAUUUUUUUACGACCCAUUUAAAAUAGGAAGAAAAUAAUUUCCCGUUUCAAAUCAGGCCAAACCCCAAGACAACUGCAUUUUCAACAAGGAAACAAACAAAGGAGAGAAAAUAAAGGAACUUUCAUGCUAACAGGUUUGGCACUGACAGCCAACUCCUGGAGUGAGCUUUUCUGUGACAAGUGGGGGUUUACAAAACACUUAUGAGGAGAAAGUGUAACAUUUUUAUGUAGUGGAAAUACAUCAUUGUCUUGGUCUCUAACCAAACUGAUUCGGAGGUACUGAGAGCAAAUUUAGGACUCUGUCUUUAUAUGAACGGCAAUCUUACUGCAACUCAACACCUCUCUUCCCCCUGCCUGAUCCCACUACUCGCUGACGCAGCAUUUCCUGUCUCCAAACGUCUAUUCAUUGUAUCCAAUUGACACUGAUUGUCUUCAGUUUUUCAUAGAUGUCCCCCCCCCCCUUCUAGUCUCCUCUCUCCUAGGUCUUGACUAAAAAAAAAAAAAAAAUCAUCUUUAAUGGUACAGCCUCUUCUUUCUCCAGACCGACAUGAAUCAGAGGUCUCAGCUCCUGGGUUCCCGACUCUCCCCCAGAUAAGGGUUCUCGUACUGACAAGACAAUUAGCUCCACACAUGAGGUUUUGUUAUUGACUCUGUGUCAAUUGGUUUCAGCAUCACAAGGGCAUUCUCUUAACAAAACAACUCACAACAACAAAAAAAUGUCAAGACAAAAAAAAGAGAGAAAAAACAUUAUAUAUAGUAUUGACAUGGAGAUUCUUUUCACUUUUUUAGUCUUAGUAUGAUCAUCUAUUUUUAUAUCUAUAUAUAUUAUAUAUAUAUAAAUCACAGAUUUUAACUUCUUAACUCCAAGCUCAGGGUUGACACUCCUUUGUAACAGAACUGUUUUGUCAACCACCCCCUCUUGUUCUGUGCUGCUCAGAGAACAGAUUCCUUAGUGAUCUUCGAGCACCAAGAAUCAAGAAUGAGAACUUUUUAUGUAUCUAACUGUCCAUCGAUGACAAGUUUGCCAGGGCACACCCUUCUCACACAUGCUUGCUUUGCCCCUGGUGCUCCAAACUGUCCUGAGCUCACGGGACAAGCCUGGUGUGCAAGGCGUGACUGGUGACAGAACGUGUGUGUGGAAAGAAUGCUGCUCUCCUGUACAGCACCUCUGGCCUAGGACUUCUACGGGGUACUGUACUGAAUGGCCAAAACUCAAGAGGUCAUUUUAGAGCCACUGCCUAACCUGUCUACCAAGCCAGGCCUAACCUGCCCACCAAGCCAGACCCAAUGCUUCCCCUGACAGGGAGAAGCAAAAUAUACCAAACCGGGGUUGUAUGAAGACAGUUGGCUAACCAUCUUCUUCUUCUUCUUCUUCUUCUUCUUCUUCUUCUUCUUCUUCUUCUUCUUCUUCUUCUUCUUCUUCUUCUUCUUCUUCUUCCUCCUCCUCCUCCUCCUCCUCCUCCUCCUCCUCCUCCUCUUCUUCUUCCUCCUCCUCCUCAUCCUCUUUCUCUUCUUCUUUUCUUCUUCUCCUUCUCCUUCCUCCUCCUUCUUUUCUUUUGCUUUUAUGAUGCAUCUGGGAUAGGAAAAAGAAAUAUCUCGACACCACAGCAUGCUGAUCACAUUUUUAACUGACUCGUCGACAGUAUUGACACAUAAAUGAUAUUUUUCUAUCUCUGUUCUCACCAAAAUGAAAAUUAGUUACCGAUUUAGUCAUCACGUCUAAGUAGGACACGCGCACUGGUAUUAGGUAUAUUUGAGCACUUUUGAAAGACAGAACGUAUUUACAAGCGCCUGUUACCACUUUAUGCCUAACAAAAUAAACAAUGUAGUAUUCUGAGAGACUCUGUGGCACCUUUCCUUUACAUUUGUAUGACAUUAACACUUAAUCCAAUUCAGAAUUGCGUCCUUUUGGAAAACCACCCAGCUCAGUACCACGCUUUGGCUUUUAAUCCCAUUAUAUAUGGCACAUCUCUAUGAAGGAUCAGCCAUUUAUGUUAGGUGACUCAUUGUUCAGAAAUCAGUAUUUUUUUUCCAAUAAUCAUGGUGCAAUACAAAUUAAACCAAUGUUGAUUCUCCAGGAUAUUUGAAUAAUAACUUCUUUUUACAGCUUUAAGCUCCAGCUUCCUUUUUGAAAUAUUUCUACAUUAUCUUCUAUAAAACAAAUCGAGAUGUCUUGCCCCUUACCAUGCUUUUGCCUCCAGAAGGUUUACAUGACAACAUAUUACAUUAAUGAAUGUGAACCCAUGUUCUGUGCACACUCGUCAUGCAGAUAAUAUGGAAAUGCCUGUUUCCUUUGACCCAACACUUUCAUUCUCAAGGGUAUGACUGUUGACGAGAUACAGUGAUGCCCAUGAGCCAGGCAGAGCUGAGAAGAGGGUCAGCUGACAAAACCACAUCAUUGGGUCAUCUCACACGGACGUGGACAGAAUGUUUCCACUCGCCCUUCAUGGUCAUUAUCACUGCCUGUCAUGUGGCUUUUAGACCGAUUUAAUGUCAAAGGUUUCGUUUGAUUCCCAUUCUCUAAGACUUUUCAUUCAGUUACCCCUUUUUGGUACUUUGCGAGCCUCCUCCCAGAUUGAGUUUCUCACCCCACCAUAGUGAAAGGAGACGUCUCAGUGCUCCCUUGUCAUCCACGGCCUGCCCUUGUUUGUGACGACGCCAUCCCCUAGAAUCUGUAAUCACAUCACGACUUGUGUUAUGAGUAGAGAGGAACGGGACCCCCCCCCAAAAUAAUUGGACACUAGAAACUGGUGGGUGAUGCUCAUAGCUGCAAACACUUAGCUUAUCGAAGUGCCUCUAUUUACAUGUUCCUUAGUUUUAAUAUGUAUUUUUCUAACAGAAAUACCUGUCUGUAAUUGAUGUUUAUUAUACUUUGUAUAUGUUACAACAAAGGCUAAAUGGAGGCUAAUGUCUUCAGCAGAGAAGAAUGGACUGUAAAUUUAUGAACACAGAUGCCGUAGUCCUGGAUUGGCAGCCACAAGACAGCUUUCUGUCACUGCAGCGAAGGCCGGGUUGGCACUUUGAUUACAGCCAUCACCGACUGCAGCACUAGAAAUCUGACUCCCUUGCUGUGAUUUACCCAUAGAGGAAGGUGACAUGAAUCACCCGCUUCAAACAUAAGGGAGAGAAACUACUUUGUCUACACUGAAAAACUCUUAUCCUUUGAUGAGCAGUAGUAGUUUCAAAUGGAGCAUUCUUUAAACCAAACACAUUGAAAAUAUUAUUGGAUGCAGAGUCAUGAAACUUAGUUUACAUUCCCUGCUAUAGACAUUAGCCUUCUUUAAUUCUUCUUAGCAUUACAUACAUAUUUUGGCUACAGACUAAGCACCAACUUAAGUCCUCAAGGAGGAAUAAAACUUACUAAGAUCCUGGCUUGCAAAUCUUUUCUCACCUCUCUGCAAGGCUGAGUACCACGUGGUUUGACAUUAGGUUUCAAAUGUUGGCAAAUGCAGUCUUGACUUCUCCAAAAGCCUGCAGAUACUCAACCUCAUUUUCUUUGACUUACAGUCACUAGCAGAUAUUUAAAUUUAAAAGGUGUAUAGCCUUGCUGCCUGAAGAGGAAAGGAGCCCAUAACUUAUAAAUCUUCAGUGUGUUCCUCCUUGGUAGAGAUAUUAGCCAGUGCUUAGUUUUAGGCCAACAUAUACAAAUAGAGUAUUGAUUUGUACGCAUCCUGGAGACUUGCUAUGUCAUAAUUUGCUGUAGCCCAGACUCGGCUUUGCCUGGGAAUGCUUGGGACUCCACUGAGAGUGGAGUGGAUGCCGUAAUCUUUGGCACGGCCUUGUAAUGAGGGACUUCAUGAGCUACACCUUAAUGAGGGUACCACAGUGCAGUCUCUGUGUGCAUAUACAGAACACAUAUGCAGGAUAAAUGUGUGCACCAAUCAAACCUAAAACUUUAUGUGACUGUCAAAUGACUAUCAUUUGGGUUAAGAUUUUUUUUUUCAUUUCUGAUUUGGAUAGAAAAUUGCUAUUAAUCUUGUAUUAAAAUAGUUUUUAAAAAUCUACCGUCA